UCCCGCGAACGGAUCACAGGGUAUCUAUGAACGCCUUGGAUCGAUUUCCUAUUUGGAAAGAUAAUCAUAAUCUUAAUUAGAAUGCUUCGUUAAUUUUGUACAAAAUUUUGAGAUCGAUUCGAACAGGUAGCUCCUGCGACGACAGUGAUAAACGGUGGUGAAACAAUGUGCAGUGAUUCUUAAAAGAACAAUCGUUUGAAGGACUAGCAAUUGAUAGAUACCUAUCUUCUGAAGUAUUCUAGAAGAUAACUAGUCAUUCUGAUCAUUGUACGAUUAGAGUACCGAAUAGUGAUUAGAUCUAGAUGUUAAUGCAUUUGAAGUAGGAUGACGGAAGAACGCGUAAAAACAUCUGAAUGUACAAAAGAAUCAACCGAAGUAAUCGAGAGCCCUAAAAUAUGUUCGUUCAGCAUCGAAAGUCUCCUAGCACCAAGUAAGAAGAUCAUUGAAAAUGAUACCCGUGUACCAAGUCAUACCGAAGUCUAUUUACACGGACAGGAAUCGAAUGAUUCUGAGGGCCGGAAGCUGGUAGCACCAGAUUCCUCGAUGACUAUGGCAGAAGAAGUCGAAUUCGAUGAUUCUGACAUGGUUUGCUCCACCUCCCCUGAGCCAGAGAUGUGUUACGAGGCGUGCACCAGUAGCAGCGGUGCCAACUCGACGACAGGUGUUGAUAGGGAGGUUCAGGAGAAAAAUGAUAGCGCCACUAGCGACGAUGAAAGGAAAAAGAGGCCGCGCACGGCGUUCACCGCGGCGCAAAUUAAGUCAUUGGAAGCGGAAUUUGAAAGGAACAAAUACCUGAGCGUGGCGAAAAGAUUACAGCUCAGCAAGAGUCUAAAAUUGACCGAAACUCAGAUCAAAAUUUGGUUUCAAAAUAGACGUACCAAGUGGAAAAGAAAGUACACGAACGACGUGGAACUAUUAGCGCAACAAUAUUAUUCUAGUUUAGGGAUUCCUGCACCUCGACCAAUUUUCGUAGGAGAUCGUUUAUGGUUUUUUAAUUAUCCAGGGCAACCACAACCGGGAACACCGAUAUUCCCGCAGCAUUUAGCGACUGUACCUUUGCCACCCGCCUUGCCCAUCGUGCAACCAUUACCAAGUAACUUAACGAUGGGUCAACAGACUUCUAUUUUUCAAAAUAUCCCCACCAAUAACCCAGCGUAUCAUUUGAAUCAAAGGCUGGAUUUCAGGCAUCAGGACUCUUAAGCAUAUUCAGUUAAUAAUUAGAUGAAAUCAAAAAGUUGAUGGUGUUUAAUAGAUCUUGGAACGAUCCAAUAAUUUCGCCACAUAUCGCAAUAGGUCACAAAGA